AUGGGUAAAGGCUCAAAAGCGAUAUCGUUCUACAGUAAAGCACUUGAAAUCAUGGAAAAGAUACUGCCUAUCAUAAUAUCGAAAGCACUUAAUAUCGAUGACAAGAAGCUGCCUCCAGACCAUCCAGAUUUAACUUCUACUUAUGGUAGUGCUGGUAAUGCAUACGCUGAAAUUCAAGAGUAUUCAAAAGUAAUCGAACUUUCUGAAAAAUGA